UGUAUCUUCUUCAAAUAUUCUCGUAUGAGUCUAUGCCCUGAUCGAUUAGCAGGGUCUGGCUCGAUUGGUCACGCCUAGCCCGGCGUUUCAUGUGUUCGGGGCAAAAUGGCUGCUUCCACCUCCCCGCAGUCACAAACAAUAGCGGAAAAACCGUCCGGUUGUAGCGGUCGGGUUUCUGAUACGCUGCAGCUUUUCAACGGCGAGGAGGAAGACUGGAUGCCUGUUUUGGGAAACAUGUCCACAAGUCCAGAGUGCAAGAGUGAUUUUCCUUUAGCGCAAGAGAUCAACCGCGUGGAGUCCCCUGCACAUAGAGACAAAGAGGAUACUAAGGCCAAUGGCUUUUUGCAAUGCGAGGUGUGCAGCGCCCUCUUUGAGACGAGGCGGGGCCUCUCUAGCCACGCCCGCCUGCAUCUUCGGCAGCUGGGGGUGGAGGUUUCGGAGAGCAGUGGGGCGCCCAUCGACUUGCUCUACCGACUCAUGCGGGAGAAGGCUUUGGACGGCCAUGUGCCUCUGGCCAUAGCAGCGCGCCUUCCCACCAAGAAGCACCGGAACCGGGCACCUGCCGCCAGGAAACGCUCGAGCCCUGGACUGCAGUGCGACGUAGUGAAUCCUGUUGAAAAAGUUGCCCCAUCCCCUCACCUGAUCUCCACCAAAUCUGCUUCCUCGGGCUCCUCCUCACUCUCUGCCUCGGCCCGAUCCCGCUCCGUUUCCCCUCUGCUGAAUAGGACUCCAGGCUCACCACCGCUCCGAUCGCCAGAGCGCAAGCCCAGUUCGGGGAGUCCCUCGAGCCCGGCCUCUCGUGGCUCGCCUAAACCCCUCUGGGCUCCACAGGAAACGGAUGCCCCACUGAACUUAGCCUUGGAAGCGGAUCCUAGCAAGGACAUCGUGUGUGAGCUGUGUGGGGCCUGGUUCGAAACACGCAAGGGCCUGUCUAGCCACGCACGAGCCCACCUGCGGCACCUGGGCGUGAGGGACGCAGACGCCCGUGGGCCGCCCAUCAACGCACUCAGCCGCAUUAUUCAUAGCGAGGACUUCCAGCGCCGACUGGCGGCUCUGGACCCAGAGGAAGCCGCAGAGCUGUGCCUGGCCCCUCCCUCGGUGUCUUCCCCUGCUGCCAAGCGGACCAUGGGCAGCUGCUCUGCACCGGGGGGGCGGGAUUCUCCCAUGUCCCCAGUACGGCCCCCGGCCAGCAAGCGGCCAAAGUCCUCCCUGGGGUCGCAGUGCUUCCGGCCGGGCAGCGGAGAACAGGCGGCAUCUCCCCACAGCGAGUCUUCGAAGGUGGUCUGCUGCGAGUUCUGCGGCGAGUACUUCGAGAACCGCAAGGGGCUGUCCAGCCACGCCCGCUCGCACCUGCGCCAGAUGGGUGUCACUGAGUGGUCGGUCAAUGGCUCGCCCAUCGACACCCUUAUGGAGGAGGUCGCCCGGCGUGGGCUUCGCUGCGCCCUGCAGUCUCCCCGCACCCUCAAGUCCCCUCCCGCUUCGCCCGCUCCACCAUCGCUGUCCCCCUUGGCCUCCCCGGCCUCCCCUGGGCCCCCCAAGUGCUCACCCUUAAUUCCCACCAGUUCCCACGGCCGCCUGCCCACCGCUCGCAAGGCCUGCCGGCCCAAGCCGGAGCCCGUCGAGGUGCCAGUCAGUGAGGCCCCCGGUACGGCAGGGGGUCACAACCCUCAGCCCAAAGCGCACAGUUCUGCCCGCUGCUGGCCGGCCACAGAGGCUGCACAGUCCCCCCGCAUGGUGAGAUCCCCGGAGCUAGAGCCAGCCCGGGACGUCUGCUGCAAGUUCUGCGGCGAGGUCUUCGAGAACCGCAAGGGGCUGUCCAGCCACGCCCGCUCACACCUGCGCCAGAUGGGCAUCACCGAGUGGUCGGUCAACGGCUCGCCCAUCGACACCCUGAUGGACGAAAUCCAGAGGCGGGGCCUCCCCUGUCGGCAGCGGGUGAAGGAGGAGCCUCCCUCAAACUGGGAGGAGUCUGGCUGUCAGUCGCCGCAGCGACACCAACAGAAGCCCGUGAUUGGUCUCCCCAAGCUCAGCCUCAGUGGGAAGGGCGGGGGCACCCCAGGCAAGAGGCCGUUCCCCAGUGGAGCACAUGCAGAGGGCAGGCUAACACCCCACUCAAAAGCCUUCUUGCCCCCACCUCAAGACUCUGUGUUCAAGGACAAGUCUUCCAUGGACAAGCAGGCGUCAGGUCACCUGGGCAUAGACGCCAGCUGUGAGCUGUGUGGCUUCUGCUUUGAGAACCGCAAGGCGCUGGCCAGCCACGCGAGGGCGCACCUGCGCCAGUUCGGUGUGACCAAGUGGACGAUCAACGGCUCCCCCAUCGAGACGCUGCGGGCCUGGAUGCACAGUGAACCGCGCCGCGUGGUCGAGAUGCAGCGCCGUUGCAGCUCCCUAGGAGGCUGGCCUCAGCCCAGGAAGAAAUCGGGCUCCUUCCAUUUACUGACUGGACCGGACCGCUCACCCGGUCGGGUCCAGAAGUUUGUGUCCCCUGGCGCUUCAUCAGGCAAGCGUGCGGGUCGGGAGGUCAUCAAGGGCCUGGCGGGCUCCUCACGGCCGGUGGAAGGCAAGUGCCUCAGUCCUGGCAGCAAGAUCCCAGUCCGGCGGGCCGAUUCCCUGCCGCACUCCCAAGGCGCCCACAGUGAAGUCAACGUGCGCUCCCCCCGAGGUUUCGAGCGGCGGCCUCCAAAGCACCUACCCACUUCGGAUGCCCGCGCACGAGAGAAGGGCCCCUCUCAGUCCGCCAGGUCCAACCCGGUGCCCUCCCUGGUGCCAAAGCCGCCCUCCUCCCCUCUUGUUAAGGUGGUGGGUGACGUCUACUCACUCAAGUGCCGGUUCUGCGAGCUGGAGUUCCGUGGGCCUCUGUCAGUCCAGGAGGACUGGGUGAGACACCUGCAGCGUCACAUCCUGGGCCUCGGCCUGAACAAACCUAGCCCCCCCGCUCCACCUCCGCCGCCGCCGGCCGAGCCCCCCCGGCCCCCGAGCACGGCACCUGCAGUGGAUGCAUCAGUGCCAGCCCCGCCGUUCACGCCCGCCCCUUCCGCCGCUGUCCCCAUCUCCGCACAAGCUGUAUAGACCACCCCCACCUACCCACUCUUCCAGUUCCAUCCUAGUUUUCCCAUCAUCCUCUAGUUUUGAUUAAUUUUUAUUGGUUUUAAAAUGUCUUAAGCCCAGCCGGAGCCUGAGGAUGUGCCUCUACCCAGCUGGCCGACUGGGUUUCCUGUGCCUCUGCGUCAAUGUUACUCCCCGCCCCCCAGGGGGCGCCAAACAGUGACCUCAUUUUUAAUCGGCCUGACCGAGCGCCGCCCACGUGCAUGGUCGCACCGAAGGAAAGCCGACGGCAAGACCACAGGCGUCUGGUGUGCCUUUCAGGAAGGGGGGCGGGGCACUGGGGGGCGUGUCUAUCCAUGUCAAAGGCAGGAAUCCAGACGUCACGGUGACACAGGUGGAAUGGUGCCGGAUUGGAUCACGCCUGGUUUUACACUGUUACAAGCAUGACUGCUUCCAUCCGAUGUCUGUUUUACGUCCUGAUUCGUUUUUCAAACUUGCCGUUACUGCAAGUCAGCGCUGAAUGCGGAACCUCCAGCGAAACGACACAGUGGGCCUUAUAGCACAUUAUAGCUCUUCGUGAAAUGAGUUUUGUUAGUAAAUAGGGAGCCAUUUAUGGAUUAGAUGCAUUUUAAUGUUGGACCAACUGUUUUGGGAACUAGUUUUUUUUAAAUGUUAAAAAACUGGAAAUUGGUCUUUAACCUCCCCACCUGCCACCCCCACCCACAUAAAGCCUUGAGCAUUUAGUCUCUGUGCUGACAUUCCUGGCCUUGUAUGCCAAGGCUGUGCUUGGGCACAGCCUUCAAUAACAAGCGCUGGUAUUGGUCUUUCUGUGCCCAGCGUGUGCCAAAGAGUCUCCUUACUUGCCACUUUGUGUCGCAAGUGCAGGUGGACAGGCCAGACUGCACCACUGCCCCGGCUCAUGACGGGCCGGCGGACAGUCGCGCUCAGCUACUUCGGACCCAGCUGACUCUAUACUCCAGGGCUGCCGUGGUUAAUGUCCGUAGUUCUUUUUAAACAGCAUGGAGCCCAGGACAGUAUUACUGCAUGAAUAACCACGUUUCCUGAGAAAGAGAAGCUUGUCCUGUGAAGCAAUAACGCGAAGGCCCCGCGAAACGUGCCGCUUCCGCCAGAAUGACAAGAACAUUCCAGUGAGCGCUUGACCCUUUUAUUCUUUUCCUCUUAAUCGGUUAUAAACAUACAUGUUUUUAUGGAGCUGUUAGCACUGUUGUUCAUUAAUGCGUAUGUAUCAAAGUGUGGUCUGAAUCCUGUUGGUGUCGUUUUGACGUUGACCUUUUUACUAAACUUUUUUUUAUUUUAAAUUGAAAGUCAAACCUUUUUCCAGUAAAAGGAGACACAAUAGGAGUUUUUGGUUUACUUUAACUAUUUGUGGUUGUAUGUGUGGUUAAGAUUGAUAGAGUAUGCUGUGUUAUGUCAGAAAUAAUUGAUUUCCUUGUAAUGAAGUCACAAAGUUCAACAGGAAUCCUAGAGUUUCCAUACAUUUCUUUGAUAUCUGUGAUGAAUGAGCCUUAAACUGCUGUUACUGCUGUUAGUGGUGUGUGUGUGUGUGUGUGAGUGAGUGUGAGUGUGUGUGAGAGAGAGAGAGAGAGAGAGAGAGAGAGACAGCAUUGGUUUUGGGUACAUUCCAGGAAGGUGUGAAAUUAUACGCAAAUGUUCAAAGUCUCUGUGAUCAAUAAAUGUGAAGGAUCUCUUUUGA